UAUAAAUUAAGCACAACCAUUAGAUAUUGGAAAUAUCGUCACUCAUAGUUUUCUCCACUCUCAUUUCUAUUUUCAUCAAUUUGCUUGUAAGGGAUUCAUUUGCUUGAGACGUUGAUAGAAAGAUGGCGUCUGUCCAAACUGCUUUGACAUCAAUCCUAUGCAAGAAUGGGAACCAUCAUCCACAAGUAAAUUUUCCAAGCAGUUCCUUCUUGCCAGGAUUCGAUUUGACAGGGCAAGUUGCUGUUACGAAGAGAAGGGAGACAUGUUUCAAUUCUUUUUCGAGCCCGAGAGCAACACUAACCUUUGAUCCUCCCAGUACUAAUAAUAAAGAGAAGACAAAGCCAAAGCACACUGUUGAUCCUAAUGCUCCUGAUUUCCUGCCACUUCCAUCAUUCGAACAAUGCUUCCCGAAAAGCUCCAAAGAAUACAGUGAAGUUAUGCAUGAAGAAACUGGUCAUGUGCUCAAAGUUCCAUUUCGACGUAUCCAUCUUUCCGGGGAUGAACCACAUUUUGACACUUAUGAUACCAGUGGUCCUCAGGGUGUAAACCCGCGUGUUGGACUUCCCAAGCUACGCGAGGAGUGGAUUAACAGGAGGGAGAAGUUAGGAGGACCGAGGUACACUCAAAUGUUCUACGCUAAGCAGGGAAUCAUAACUGAGGAAAUGGCAUACUGCGCUGCACGUGAAAAAAUGGAUCCAGAAUUUGUGAGGUCAGAAGUUGCUCGGGGCCGUGCAAUCAUCCCUUCGAACAAGAAGCACAUUGAGUUGGAGCCAAUGAUAGUAGGAAGAAAGUUCUUAGUGAAAGUCAAUGCCAACAUCGGAAACUCUGCUGUUGUAAGCUCAAUUGAAGAAGAAGUUCACAAGCUUCAAUGGGCAACAAUGUGGGGUGCAGAUACUAUUAUGGAUCUCUCUACUGGUCGUCACAUCCACGAGACUCGUGAGUGGAUCUUGCGUAAUUCUGCUGUACCAGUAGGCACUGUGCCAAUUUACCAAGCACUAGAAAAAGUAAACGGCAUUGCUGAGAAUCUGAGUUGGGAAGUGUUUAGAGAGACCUUAAUUGAACAAGCUGAGCAAGGUGUUGAUUACUUCACAAUCCAUGCCGGAGUUCUUCUUAGGUACAUCCCACUGACAGCCAAACGGAUGACCGGAAUUGUUUCUCGUGGAGGCUCAAUUCAUGCAAAGUGGUGCUUAGCUUAUCACAAGGAGAAUUUUGCUUAUGAACAUUGGGAUGAGAUACUUGACAUAUGUAAUCAGUACGAUAUAUCGUUAUCAAUUGGUGAUGGACUGAGACCUGGUUCGAUUUAUGAUGCAAAUGACACAGCUCAGUUUGCUGAGCUCUUGACUCAAGGGGAGCUGACUCGCCGAGCUUGGGAAAGGGAUGUACAGGUUAUGAAUGAAGGUCCUGGACACGUACCAAUGCAUAAGAUUCCCGAGAACAUGCAAAAACAGCUAGAGUGGUGUAAUGAAGCACCAUUUUACACUCUUGGACCAUUGACAACUGAUAUAGCUCCCGGAUAUGAUCAUAUCACCUCAGCCAUUGGUGCAGCCAAUAUAGGAGCACUCGGGACUGCACUGCUGUGUUACGUCACUCCAAAAGAGCAUCUUGGUCUGCCUAAUCGUGAUGAUGUGAAGACAGGGGUUAUAUCAUAUAAGAUAGCUGCUCAUGCAGCUGAUCUUGCAAAAGGUCACCCACUUUCUCAAGCUUGGGAUGAUGCACUAAGCAAGGCAAGAUUUGAAUUCAGAUGGAUGGACCAAUUCGCUUUGUCAUUGGACCCCGUUACUGCAAUGUCCUUCCACGAUGAAACUUUACCAGCCGAUGGUGCAAAAGUGGCACAUUUCUGCUCAAUGUGCGGGCCUAAGUUUUGCUCUAUGAAAAUAACCGAAGAUAUAAGGAAGUAUGCUGAAAAUCAUGGUUAUGGAAGUGCAGAGGAAGCCAUUCAGCAGGGCAUGGAUGCUAUGAGUGCAGAGUUUCAAGCAGCUAAAAAAACCAUUAGUGGGGAACAACAUGGUGAGGUUGGCGGUGAGAUCUACUUGCCAGAAAAUUACAUCAACUCUUUGAAGAGCCAAAGGACUAUAUAAAGAUCGAAAACUGGCUCAGAGAUUUCUGAAGUGAUCACAACUCCAUCGGAUA